GUCAAUAUUUUCUACAGAAUGUCGAUUGGUCUGAUUUUAGUGUGCGUGGUCGUGAUAGCCUCAACGGCUAACGCAAUGCUUCCACAGUAUGAUGGUAUGUGUAAACAGCAAUAUGGGGAUGACAAGCCUCUUGCUUGCAUUGGUAGCUCACCUAAUAAACUCAUGUGUAUUUCUGAGGACCAACGAUGUAAUGGAUUGUUUGACUGCGGUGAUGACACAGAUGAUAACGACUGUGACUAUGGUACUAAUACAGCAGGCCAGUCGACGAGCUGGGGCACAGCAGGCGGUAAAUGCCCUGUGCCAUCCCAAAAGAAAAUCGGCAAGAAUGGGGGUAUCGACGAAUUAAAGCCUCAGUUCAUAGAAGCCCACAACUAUUUUAGGUGUCUGCAUGGAACUCCUGAUCUCGUUUGGGAUGACGAUUUGGAAGAAUUGGCAUUGGAUGCUGCUACUAAGAGCGCCCUCACUGGUACAUUGACGCACACGUACUUGGGAGAGAAUCUGGCUCUUACUACAAUUGAUGUUUCCAAGUCUACUGGAUUUGGUAUUGUAAAGGCUUGGUACGAUGAAAGAAAAGUUUACACAUUUGGUGAAAAAACGCCCGAAGACAUCGACCCCGUUGGUCACUUGACGCAAGUAUUAUGGAAGAGCAGUGAACGUGUUGGCUGUAAUAUCGCAUUGGAUAGCAAUGGCAACUGGCAGUACGCAUGUGAAUACGAUCCACCAGGCAAUGUGGCGACUCUUUUCGCAGAAAACGUACCCGACCCCAUAUCCUAGAAAACCUGAUAGAAGAUGGCACUAGACAGAAUACUCAUAGCGUACUUUCUAGUCGUAGAUUAUUGAUUGUUAUGUAUUAGAAAUCCUAUAAGAUACAAUGCUACCGGUAUUUUGACAAAAAGCGUGAACAAAUAGUAAAUGACUAAUGAUCGUCACACAUUCAACGUCGCAACGAGUAAUACCCUGCUCUAUAAGUAGCGCCCUCUAGUGACCAAGCUGUUGUGUAACAAAAAUGCGUGUAUGAGACGCCGUUCUCAUCAGUCAUCGCGUCCAUUGUUUCGAUUACUAUCGUUACAUACUCAAGGGGACAGUUGACACGAUGUACGAGACAGAAUAUUACACUGCUUGAGGGUAAAAAAACGCGCCACGUGCUUUUUCGCUCUCUGCGAGAUCUUAGCAGCCAUAUUAUGAAAGACGAGUGUCUACCAUACCUAACACCAAUCUACAUCAUUUUGACGUCACAGAAGCCCCUUAUUUCUAGAGGGCGAUACUUGUCGGAAAUGAUGGUUUUGCUCCGAAGUCACAUUGUGUAUGUUACACUACAAAAGAACCUUAUUUUAUCUGAACAGAAAAUUUGUAGUUUAAAUUAAUCCCAUGCAAUUCGUGAAUAGCCUUGGUUUAGUUACUUACACAAAUUCCCACCAAUAAUAUACCUCACCGACACGAUCGUUUAAUUCACACAAGGAUAUCUCAAACAGCGAACUGUUUUGAGGAGAUCAAAUCUUAUUCAAUGUUUACGUGUCCAAUUAGUAGUAUUGACAGAAAUAAAAGAAUUGUGUUGAAAUAGA